UCUCUACCAGCCAUUUAGCCUCCACCAAUAGCCAUUUAAAUAUCAGCCCUUUGUGCAUCUAUCUAAACAUAUUCCAAACAUAAUCAUACAUUAACUUGUUCAAGAACCAUCAAAUGUACUACUUGUCAUAAACCUUAAACUCCUAAAACUCAUCAAACAAUCAUGAAAUUCAUCAACUUAGCUCUUUGUUUCUUCUUUUUCAUCAUUUUCUUCUUCUCAAAACCCUCUUUUCAAGCUUCAUUUGAACCAAACCCUAGGCUUUUCGACGCUUACAUAGCUCUACAAGCUUGGAAACAUGUCAUUACUUCUGACCCAAGAAACUUCACCAAGGAUUGGUAUGGUUACAAUGUUUGCAACUACACCGGAGUUUAUUGUGCUCCGGCUCCAGAUAACCCUAAUAUCACCACAGUCGCUGGAAUUGACCUCAACCAUGCAAACAUCUCUGGGUACUUGCCUGAAGAUCUUGGUCUAUUGACUGAUUUAGCUGUCUUUCAUAUAAAUACCAAUAGGUUUGUAGGCACUAUACCUAGAUCUUUUUCAAAGCUUCGAAUUCUAUAUGAACUUGACGUGAGUAACAAUCUUUUCUGUGGCCAAUUUCCAAUGGCGGUUCUAUCUCUUCCUUCAUUGAAGUUUCUUGAUAUUAGGUAUAACCAAUUCGAAGGAAAGGUCCCUUCAAGUCUUUGGGAUAGAACACUUGAUGCCCUUUUCAUAAACAACAACAAAUUUCAAUUCUCAUGGCCUAGAAACUUAGGAAAAUCGCCGGUUUCUGCUUUGGUCAUGGCAAAUAUUAGAGUGACAGGAUGUAUACCAUCAACUAUAGCCAAUAUGUCGAAAACCCUAAAUGAGAUUAUCCUCAUGAAUGCUAGUUUAAGUGGAUGUUUACCACAAGAAUUAGGGUUACUGAAAAAUGUUAAGGUAUUUGAUGUGAGUUUUAACAAUCUUGUUGGAGAAUUGCCAGAAUCAAUUGGUGGUAUGAAGAAAUUGGAACAACUUAACGUGGCACAUAACAAGUUUUCCGGUGAGGUUCCGGCGAGUAUUUGCUCGUUGCCAAAGUUGGAGAACUUCACAUACUCUUAUAAUUACUUUUGUGGUGAACCAAAGAUUUGUCUCAAGUUGAAGGACAAAAAUGAUAAGAAGAAUUGCAUACCAUAUCGACCAUCACAACGUUCAGCCAGUGAAUGUAAGACAUUUUAUUCACGAGGUCCAGUUGACUGCAGUUCAUUUGGUUGUAGAUCAAGAAGUCCUCCACCACCACCACCACCACCGCCACCGCCGCCUCCUCCACCACCACCUCCGAAGUCACAUUAUUACCAUUAUCCUUGAUGGAUGAGUUGUGUUUCUCUUUGACUUUUGUUUGCUUUUACGUGAUUGGAUAUAUAGGUUUUGUAUUGAAUGGAAAAAAAAAAAAGGAAAUAAAAAAAUAUUGAUCAUUGAAUAAACUAUACAUGUAAGAAAGUUAAGACUUUUUUCUUUCUUUUUUUGUUGUUUGUUAAAGCUUUUUUUUUUCUUCUAUUAUUGGAUAUAUUUCAUUGACUUUGGUUAA